AUGCAAAGCCCGAGCAAAUUGCCUGAUCCAUCUGUCUCUACUCCCCCAGGAGUGUUGGGGCACCAAGGUUGGGCUGACCUCCCAGAUAAACUGCUUCACUCCAUUGUUCCUCUGUUGGGAUCUUUCCUCGACCUUAUCGCGUUUGCUAGCACCUGUCGUUCUUGGCGUGCCGCCUUCUCUUCAUACCCAUCCAAGUCGACCUUCUGCACCAAACUCCCGCCUCUCCUCGUCCGGCCCAAUGUCCGUGUCCAAGCCCCUCAUCUACCUUCUAGCAAUGGUCGUCACAAGCUACGCACAUGUAAGGUCAUUGAUCUAGCCAACCAGAACAUAGCCCUUCGCUGCCAGAUUCCUCAAGAAACUUUUCAGAGGAUGCGCUUUGCUGGUUCUUCAUAUGGGCAACUCAUCUGCUGCCGCCGAGGAAAUUGUCUUAUUGUUGAUGUGUUCACUGGUGCUGAGGUUUCACCUCCAUGUCUCCCAUUCAGUGGCGACUGUGAAGAGGAGUUCUACUUUGGUGGCACCCUGACAGCUCCCCUUGCAUCACCCAACUGCCAUCUCCUUGUCAGCACCCGAUCCUCCCUGUUUGAUUGGCCGGUUGGAAGCGACUCUUGGUCUGAAAUCAAGCUUUCUGAUGCACGGAUAGAUCAGAUUGUGGAAUUCAAUGGCCAGUUCAUUGCCAUGGAUUAUUCUCAGAGGAUCUACUUUCUGAAGUUAGCCCCCCAGCUUGGCCUGCAGGAGAUAACUACCAAGUGGUGGGACGGCAUGACUGAGUGCCCAUAUCUAAGACCAUGGCUGGUGGUUUGCGGUGAUAUGCUUCUCAUGGUUGACCAUUAUGUGAGCCUAUCAUUUGGAGCACCAGUCUUGUAUAAACCCUACCGCCUUGAUAUGUCGACAAGACCUGCAAAAUGGGUGGAGGUGAAGAAGCUGGACAACUCGGCACUCUUUGUAGGGGGUGAUGUGAGGAGCCCGCCGUUUUCUUGCUUGAGCCCAGAGAAGUGGGGAGGGACGAGCAACCGCCUGUACUACGCCCAUUACUCUCAGCCUUGGAGCGUACAUGGCUUUGGUGAUGCGGCAGAUGCUGCGUGGGAUCCUUCCACCGACCCUGAUCUUGUGUACAAGAGAAACUGGUACGGCCAGCUUCAGGCCUUCUGGGUGUACCCAAGCAUGUUCUAUUCCGAUGGCCAGUGA